AUCAAGUUUCGCUCGACGCCGGAUCUUACCGCCUUAGAAAUUAGUUACCCGAACUCGACACUCUUUUUCUCCCUUCGUUGUGUCCUUGAAACGUCGGCGAUUGGCCACAGUUUGCACUGAACGAUUAACCUGAGCUUUUUUCCUUUGAGUAGAAAUUGUCUUUCAGGUGAACGAUUGCAGUAGAAGAUCUCAUGGGAAUUUGGUUUAAUUGAUGAAUGCUACUGUGGUAUAACAGCAGAAAUUGUGAGAGUGAAGGGGGGGGGAAAGAAGAUGAAAUCAAAAAGGGAACUUGGUGAUAGUGUAGACGGGGAACGAGACUUAAAACGGCAGAGGGUUUUGGAUUCACCAUCUUCACCUCCUGAAGAGUCACUUGUGCCUUAUAAUGACGAUGAAGAUGAUGAAAGGAGAGCAUUGAAUCACAUAGGCAGCAGAGAAGAAGAUGGUCACAGAGUUAAAAGUGAAGAAGAAGAUGAUGAAGAUGAAGAUGAUCCAUAUGGGCUAGGAGCAACUCCAGGGAGGUCAAAUCGCCAGGUUGAAGUGCGUAGAGACUGCCCUUACCUCGAUACUGUUAACCGCCAGGUUCUGGAUUUUGAUUUCGAGAAAUUUUGUUCGGUCUCUUUGUCGAAUUUGAAUGUGUAUGCAUGCCUGGUCUGUGGGAAGUAUUACCAAGGAAGAGGGAAGAAGUCCCAUGCAUAUACUCAUAGUCUAGAAGCAGGACAUCAUGUCUACAUCAAUCUUCGAACAGAGAAGGUGUACUGCCUCCCUGAUGGGUAUGAAAUUAAUGACCCAUCAUUGGAUGAUAUUCGCCAUGUUCUAUACCCAAGGUUUUCCAGAGAACAACUUGAACAACUUGAUAAGAACAAGCAAUGGUCUAGGGCACUUGAUGGUUCAGAUUACCUUCCUGGGAUGGUUGGGCUGAAUAAUAUUCAAAAGACUGAUUUUGUCAAUGUCACCAUUCAAUCUUUAAUGAGAGUUACUCCCUUAAGAAACUUCUUCCUUAUCCCUGAGAAUUACCAGCACUGUAGAUCUCAACUUGUUCAUCGGUUUGGAGAACUCACACGAAAGAUUUGGCAUGCUCGAAACUUUAAAGGACAGGUGAGCCCACAUGAGUUUCUACAGGCAGUUAUGAAAGCAAGUAAAAAACGGUUUCGAAUAGGCGUGCAGUGUGAACCAGUUGAAUUCAUGUCAUGGCUUCUUAACACAUUGCAUGCAGAUCUUAGAACUUCGAAGAAAAGUAGCAGCAUCAUCCAUAAGUGCUUUCAGGGGGAACUGGAGGUUGUGAAAGAGACUCAGAGCAAAGCUAUCAGUGAGAAGAAAGAAAGUGAUGGGGAACAGAAUGGAGCAUUAAAGAUUACAGAUGGUCAAAUUGAGAAUAAUAAUGUUGCGGCUGAAACAUACAGAAUGCCCUUUCUGAUGCUUGGUCUGGAUUUGCCAGAACCACCACUUUUCAAAGAUGUGAUGGAGAAAAAUAUAAUACCUCAGGUACCUUUGUUUAAUAUACUAAAGAAGUUUGAUGGUGAGAUGGUAACAACUACUGUUCGUCCUCCUGCAAGAAUGAGAUAUCGAGUCACCAAAUUGCCACAGUAUUUGAUACUUCAUAUGCGCCGAUUUACUAAGAAUAAUUUCUUCAGAGAAAAGAACCCAACAUUGGUGAACUUUCCAGUGAAAAACCUCGAGUUGAAAGACUACAUUCCUUUGCCAGCACCAACAAAGGAGAAUGAAAAGUUGCGCACCAAGUAUGAUUUAAUUGCUAAUGUCGUUCAUGAUGGUAAGCCUGACGAGGGAUUCUACAGAGUCUUUGUACAGCGGAAAUCGGAAGAACUAUGGUAUGAAAUGCAAGAUCUGCAUGUUUCUGAAACACUUCCUCAGAUGGUUGCAUUAUCUGAAGCUUAUAUGCAGAUAUACGAACAGCAACAGUAGGAUAGAAUAUUCGAUUAACCGAUAUGAAUAGUGUAUGAUUACUUGGUUUUGGUUCUUCAAGGCAAGAUUUGGCAAAUGGUUGGUGCGGUAUAUAGGUGAAAAUAUGCUGCUUCUGUCUUAACACUUGUAUUUUGUAUGUUUGGAAGAAAAAUAAAAAAAUUUUCAGUUUUCUUCUGCUGUUAGGCAUCCA